UUUAUCCGCCUAAAUAUCUGAGGUUGACCUUCUGGGCCAGUUGACCUCGUCGGUGUUGACCUUCUGGGUUGACUCCGUCGAGUGAUACGUGUUCCCAAAAUAUAAGCUCUAGAGUUCCUUACCCUUUUAAAGUCUCGAAAGUUAAUUAUUUUAAUUUUUUUCAUUCUUUCAGUUUUAACAAUCUUAAAAUCAAUUCAAACUGUCGGCCAUAUUUAAUUUGCAAAGUUUAAUUACUGUUUUGUUACUUUUAAUUUGUGCUUGUACUUAUUUGAGAGCUAUAUUGCCAGCAUUGAUUGAUAGAAAUAAGCAAGGCAUUCCUGGUCUAUUUUGGAAGUGUGCUCGAAUUGGUGAACGUUUAAGUCUUUGGGUUUCUUUUGGUUGUUUUUGUAUGGCAGCAUUCCUUCUUUUCUUUUAAAAAUGGGAAAUAAACGUAAAAAUCAAACAGAAAUUGAAGAGGAAACAAAAAAGCUGAAAAUUUGUGAAAACAAAAUAGAAAAUGUAGAAAUUUGUAAAAGAGUGCCUCCACAUCCAAUUUGGGCUGGAAAUGAUGUUUGUGUGACAAGAAAAACCCAUAUAAUUGCUCAAUUCAAAAAAUGCAAACAUUUAUUGGACAGAAAAUUCGAUUUUGUAAAAAUCCAUGCAUUAGGCAAAGCUAUCAACCAAGCAUUAUGUUUAGCUCUAAAAAUUGAGGAAGAAAUGCAUAAUUCAAUUAGUGUUAAUAUUUUGACUGGGACUGUUGAGGUAACUGACGAUUUAAUUUCCUUGUUGGAUGCGGAUGAUAUGAAUAUUAAACAACGUCAAGUUUCUGCUGUUAAAAUUUUGUUAACUCGUCUUUGA